AUAGGUAAGCAAAGAUGCGUGUGAUUCUCAUGUCUCAAGAGCUAUAUGUCAAAGGUUUUUUCCAUACUCCCGCAAUCGUAAACUUCUUCUGUAUCCAUGGAGUUUCUAGGUCAUCCGCACCAAUCUCCGAACAUACGUGUGAUGAUGAAGGUAGAUGGGGAGUGAGAUAGUAACAUUGAGUUUCACAGUUUGUAGGUCAUUCACACCUUUGUCAUGCUCAUUUCACGAUUUCUGUGCCAUUGUGUAUGGUUCCUUGGGCGUAAAAUAUUCCGACGAAUGUAUACAAAUUUCAUACGUUUAUGAAGCAUGUCCUCCCCCUCUUAUUAUCAAUGAUGAUUCUAGUUUGAUGUUUUAUCUACAAAUGAAGUGCAUUUAAUCAGAACUGAAUAAACUUCCCCACUUUGUCAAAAUACUUCAUGGACUUGAAGAUGAGUUUAGUUAUUUGUUUGACGUGUGCUAAAUGAUUGUAACAAUGAGGCAUGCGAUGAUGAUGGCUUGAAAUUCACAAUUGAAUUGGAAGCAGUUGGUAGAGCGGAUGAAGCAACCCAUGGUCCGGGGAUGCUAUAGUUCACGAUUCCAGCAUCGAAUGUAGUGUUAUUUGAUAUCAAACACACAUGUUCAAUGGAUCUUAGAUAAGCUAAUAGCCAUCAAGCAUCUGCAUCUCUUAUUGCCGAACUCAUUCAACAUGAAUAUGAUGACACCUCCGAAAACGUUUACACACCUCAAACAAUUAUGACAGCUAUAAUAAGACUUCUUGGUAUCAUAAUGUCUCACAAAAAGCUUGGCAUGCAAAGGAAAUUGCAAUGAAACUGGCUCGGGGAUCUGAAAAGGAGUCGUAUAAUAGACUGUCAUCUUGUGUUAUAUGCUGGAUCAAGCAAAUCCAGGUUCUGUUUCAUAUUCUUGCAAUUUAAAUGGAGGAUUUGAGUAUUUUUUAUGUCUCUUGCGCCAUGGAGGAAUAAAUGGGAACAUUGCAUCCCAUUAGUUAUUGUUGAUGGUUCUUUUAUGAAGUCGUAUUAUAAGGGAACAAUACUAACGACAUGCACUCAAGAUGCCAACAAACAAAUUUUUCCACUUGUGAAGUGUUGAAAACACUGUGAAGUGGUCAUGGUUUUUCAAUAUGUUGAAAAAGUCUCUUAAACAUAAGGAUGACUUAUAUGUCGUGUCCGAUUGCCAUGAGGGAAUCUUAAAUGUUGUGCAUUCAGUGUUUCCACAUGCGAAACAUAGUUUUCGUGGAUCGGCACGUUCGGUGUCUUGGAUAUUUUUACAGGCAGCUAGGGCAAGUUCAGUGUAUGAAUGCGAAGAGCACAUAUCCAUGCUUGAUUAUGAUUACCCUCCAUCGUAUACGAAAAUACUUGGAAAGAAUUGUAACGACAAGUGGUCUCGUGCAUAUGCUAGCCUCAAUAGAUACUCGGUUAUAAUGUCCAAUAAUGCAGAGUCUCUGAAUGUUGUUGCUGUCACUGCUCGUGAGUAUCCAAUUUGCGAGUUGGUAGAAUUUAUUGUAGGCACAAUGCAGAAAUUGCUGCAUCUAAUCAUUCUCGGUUCUCUACCCAUUUUGAAUCUCAGCUGAUUGUAUCUCAAGCUAGUGCAGCUUUAAUGCAGGUAAAGCCAUCAUGCAAUUUUGAGUUUGAGGUUUUUGACAGAAAAAGAAGAUCAUAUGUUGUCAAUUUAAGAGAAGUGAUUUGCAUUUGUCGUGAAUUCCAACUAGAUGGCUUCAUAUGUGUUCAUGUUGUUGCUUCAAUUCGAUCUCGCUCCGGUCUUUCUUGUUAUGACUAUAUCCCCGAGUAUUACACUCAUCAUAAAUGGUUUGCAACUUACGAGGGUAUUAUUCAUCCCAUUGGUAGUCCCAAUGGUUUGGUUGUUACCCAUUAUAUAGAAGACCUCAUUUGUAACCCCCUCAUGUUCGAAGCGCCCCCCUGGAAGACCUAAGAAGCGACACAUGCCAUCCAUUGGUGAAAAUGUGAGAAAACAAAAGUGCUUCAGCUUGAGUGCUUGACUCAUUUCAUAAGUGGCACCAUGGGUUCAAGUUUUUUAUGACUCUUUUAGCUCUCAUAUAUUCUUGUGGAACCCAUCAACCCAACAUUGCUCAAAAGUGCUUCAGCUUGAGCGCUUAGCUCAUUUCUUAAGUGGCACCAUGAGUUCAGGUUUUUUUACUGACUCUUCAACUAGAGAUUACAAUGUCAUUAUAUUACUUUCUCGUUUGGUUGUUGUUGCCAGUCUCGAACAGAAAGAGUGGCGAGAGUUGUCCUUUCCCAACAACUUGCGUUGUGGUAGAGAUGUUGUUCAAUUCCGCAAUAUAUUUCAUUUUGAAGCAAUUGAUCUACAAUUGGGAAAGGAUCACUUUUCAAGACAUUAUAAAAUCCUUUAUUGUGAUACAUAGAGUGAAAAAUUUGAACCUUUCCAUGCACCCAAAGUAAAGGAUGGAGUAGUUCAAGAAAUAAGUGCUUUUGGGGUUAUAGAGGAUUGUUUUUCUAAAGCCAUCCCCAGUUGGUGUAACAAUACCACGAAAAUAUGGUGUAAAUACCACAGAAAUACUUUCCAUGAAGAAAUAUGGUGUAGCUGAAUCAUGGGUUACCAUGUUUAUCAUCUCAGGGUCUGAACACUCG